AUGGCUUUUAUAGUGGAUCAACAAUCUGAGUUCAAAUGCUUUUACAAAAUUUGCAGCAAACGUUUUGGGUGUGGGAGAGCCCUUGGUGGGCACAUGAGGUCGCAUGGAAUAGGCAACCAGAGCCAGUACAUUGACAACGACAACACCACGAGUGAUUGGGUAGACAAUUUAGGAGGGAACAUCGUGCCACCCGACAACACGCGCAUCUACGGAUUAAGAACAAACCCAAAUCGAUUAAAGAGCUGUAGGGUUUGUGAGAAUUGUGGCAAGGAGUUCUUUUCAUGGAAUUCUUUUCUUGAGCAUGGUAAAUGUAACUCUAGGGAUGCUGAAUCGCUUGGUUCCUCACAAGGGUCCCAUGGUGGCGACAAUGACGUGAUGAGGAAAGGCUCGGGUUACCUGUCUAAGAGGAAAAGAUCAUUGAUCUCCGAUUGUCCAUCAAGCGAAGAGUUAGAUGUUGCCAAUUGCUUGAUGAUGUUAUCUAAUGCAACCGUUGUUGCUCCUUUUGUUACCGAGCCUGAGGAGUGUUGUUCUUCGGCUAGCAAAGAGGAAGAGAGGAGAAACACAAUGAGUUUCAUCACUCCCGUUGCAUGUAGGCCAAGGGUACCUAUGGAUAAGGGCAAAGGUGUAGCCAAAGGGUUUUUUGAGUGCAAAACAUGCAGGAAAGUGUUCAAUUCACAUCAAGCAUUGGGUGGACAUAGAGCUAGUCACAGGAAAGUUAAGGGAUGUUCCGCAGCUCCGCUCGAUGAUCGUAAUCGUAAAGACGAUAGUUUAGCCAAUGAUGAUCAUGACGCGUUUCCCCCAAUCAAAUCUACGCCAGCGUUUCGAGUCGAUACAGUAGCCUCUACAUCCAAAAAGAAAUCAAAUGUACACGUAUGUUCAAUAUGCCACCGGGUAUUUUCGUCUGGACAAGCCCUAGGAGGGCAUAAAAGAUGUCACUGGAUCACAUCGAAUCCACCCGCUAAUCACACUUCCUCUUUCUUUAAGCUACAUCGGUUUCAAGACAAUGUAAACCAGAUUCAGCAAACCCAAAGAUCAAGGUUUGUUGGUCAUUCUGAGCCGCUCGAUCUCAAUCUUCCUGCUUCAACUAACGAUCUCAUACGACCGAACUACAUUGAUCGAUCGAGUUUUGAUGUUUCAGCAAGAGUCUAUUUGCAACCCUGGUUUGCCAGAGAAAAGGAAGAUAAUCAACACCAAUCGCAAGUUGACUACAACGAUACGAUUAAGAACAUUUGUAAUAGUUCUAAGCAAGAUGAGGAAGACAAAACUCACAGUACGAUGAUGUUAGCAAAACUGAGUGAACUAAAGGACGUCAAUAUAAGUGGAAGUUCAUUUCCAUGGCUGCAAGUUGGGAUCGUUUCAAGUUCAACUACUAAUGUAGGUUCCGACCCUUAG